AUGAAGUACUUCGCUGUCAUCACCGCUCUCGCUGCUACCUGUCUCGCGCAGAACAUCGUCAUCAACAUCCCCGCCGCCAACUCGACUGUCAGCCCGGGCCAAUGGGUCACGGUUGAGGUCGACAAACCGGGUGCCCAAUCCCCGUCGACUGAGGUCGCACUCGUGCUCUCGAUGGCGCCCUGCCCGUCCGUCGGGUGCACCGACCCUAGCUACAACCCGUCUAACCAGCUCGGCCAAAUACUUUACAACGGGCCCUACAACCCCCAGUACCACCCCGAAACUGGUGUUGGAAAGCCACAAUACCAGAACUUCUCGAUCGAGGUUCCGACGUCGUUCACUAGCGGCGAGAAUAUCGCUCUCAUCGCUACGCAUAUCAACUUGAUCGGAGCUGGACCUGAGCCGGCCCUCCAGGUCCUCUUCGUUCCUUUGACCGUAGUUUGA